AUGGCACAAGUAAACAACAAUGGAGAAAGCUCCAAUCCUUUUAUUUCUUUUUCAUUACCUGAAAGCUCCAGCCUUUCAUCUACUCCAUCGCCUUCAAUCUUCAAACCAGAAAAUGGUGAUCAGCACCGCCAAGAGCUAGAAAUUGAUGCCGAUAUCCUUCUUUUUGAUACUCCAGUACUCCAUGAUCAGAGAGGUGUUACUGCGACACAGAAUGAUUUAAUCCAAGUCUAUGUUGCAAGACAUGGAGAAUCAGAAACGGAUGACCAAAUUCUGCUGCUUUCUAAUAUUCUUGAUAAUUCAGUAAUGGAAAAUAGCCUUCCUGAUGCACCAACAGAACGUGAUAUUUCAACACCGCUAUUCAAUGAGACGAAACAAGUCGAAACCCUGAAAAAUGAGAGCGGGAAGAAAGAAGAUAUGAACAGAAGACUUAUUGACACUGCUGCACCUUUUGAGUCUCUUGGAGCAGCUGUCACGAAGUUUAGAGGGAUCGCUGAUUGCAAAGCUGAAGAAACAAAUCUCACAGAAAAGCAAAACCAGGCUCUACUUGAACUUAAGAAAGUACAGGACGAAAUUCUCAAGUUCCAAAAGAGCUUCCAAGAUGAAGAAACAGCUGCAGUUCACGUUCUAGAGGAGCUUGACUACUUCAAAGGACUUGCAGAAGAACUACACCUUCUGUUGGAGAGAGCACAAACCCUAAAAGAACAAGCAAAGCAGGACACUGAACUUGCUGAGCUAAGGUUGCGAGAAGUAGAGCAAGGAAUUGCCAAUGUUGCAAUCAUCGCGUCCAAGGCACAACUGGACGUGGCCAACGAGAGACAUGCAACUGCUGUUGCAGAGUUGAAAUCAGUAAAAGAAGAGUCGGAGACGGUUCGGAUUGCAUAUGUUUCACUGCUUCAAGAAAGAGACAUUGCAGUUGAGAAAGCUGCUGAUUCUUUUUCUGCAACGAAAGAGAUGGAACUGACCAUCAAUGAUCUGGCUCUCUAG